CUCUCUCUCAGCUCAGGCUUGCAGUCGCCAAUCUUGGACCGGUCUCUUAUCACCAACUGAAGUAACUCGGCCCCGUACUCUCUCGGAUAUGUCACGCCAAUCUGCCAGCAACGCGACGGCGCUACGCCGACUCAUGACUGAAUACAAGCAGCUCACCGCACAAGGUGCUCCGGACGGGAUGUUUACAGCAGGCCCGAUCUCCGAGUCCGACUUCUUCACCUGGGAAGCGCUCAUAUGUGGCCCGAAGGACACUCCAUUCGAAGGUGGCGUCUUCGCUGCCAAGCUGACCUUCCCGUCGGAUUACCCGCUAUCACCGUUCAAGAUGAAGUUCGACCCGCCCUUGUUCCAUCCGAACAUCUAUCCCGACGGCACCGUCUGCAUCUCGAUCUUACAUACGCCCGGCGAUGACCCUACGAUGUACGAGAAGGCCUCGGAGCGGUGGAGCCCUGUGCAGAGUGUGGAAAAGGUGAUUCUCAGCGUCAUCUCCAUGCUCGCCGAGCCGAAUCUAGAGAGCGGGGCGAACAUCGAUUGCUGCAAGCUCUAUCGGGACAACAAAUCGGAAUACGAACGGAUCGUGCGGCAAUCCAUCAAGGAACAGCUGGGGCUUUGACGUUCGCCCCGGGACUUCUCUGACGUUGUAACGACCUAGUUAUGAUAUCCAUACAUGUAUAGACACCGUUCCGGGGAUUCGGACCCAUGACAGAGAGGCAAACGGACUUGGCCGGCCGGCGUUGCGCUUUGGCGAAACGAACCCGGAAUAGCGCGACCGGGACGUAAUAUCGACGCCCGCGUCCGCAUUCGGGAAUCGCAAGCUUAAUCCGCCCCCGAAGACACCCCACUGCAUCUCUUACGCCACCGACCGACGGGAUUGGCUCCCGCACCGUCGUCCCCCCUCCCCCGGCCGGCGCACACGGACUCCAACAGCUGCCUUAUGCAAUCG